AUGAAGAGAACAUUGUACACAUUCGUCACAAGUCUAAUAUACCUACUGUGUACGUACAAUAUUUGCAUAGUGAGAUUACUGGCUUAUUACUUCAAAUGGAUGGUCAGUAAAUAUUGUGGCUGGCAUAUCUUCCAAUACUAGUGGAUAUGAAAUCAGUACUGGGGAUUGUGGGGGCAAGAUAGUGAUGUAACCAAAAAUAAAAUGCAUUGAACCAAAAAGGGGCGCACCUGACCUAAAAAAAGGUUUGAGCAUCUUCCAUGGCAAGCUCACACUGCACUGAUUUGGGACAUUUACCUGAUGCAUACCCCUCAACAUUUCAAGUAGAAGAAUAUGGACAAUUUAAUUUUUAGGGGUGUUACAAGGGGUGUUAUGAGACGUUUUAGGUGACUUAUUAAUUAGUUAUGUCACUAAAAUGACAUUUACAACAAGAACAAUAUAUCUAAUUUACAGACUCGUUUCUAAACAUAUUUAUUGUAAAGACACAUUACUGUCAGUGUUAUUGCUGUGGAGCUGUGGAGCUCUGUUAUACACUCAGACACACUAGCAAUAUGGAGCUCCUAGAAAAGAGGGACUGAGGGAUUUGAGCUCAAAAUUGGUACUGUCCAUUCUAGAUAGGGGCACAUGGGAGGAAUGUUGGUUUCCGCAGGUGCAGGACACCAGGGAUUACCACAAAUUUGUGACAGUUUUAUAGGACCCAGGACAGCUGGGUGGUAUGAAAUUAUCAAACAAUACAAAAACAAAUAACUCCUAACCAAGUUUAUUUUUUGCAACCUCAUUGCGGUUGUAAAUUCAAUACAUUUACAUUUUAAGGGGAUUGGCCAGGCCUUUGUGGCCUUAUGAAGGAGGGUUCACACUACGUAGUGUGUGUUACCAGAUUAAGAUAUGGGGGCCUGAAAGAGUUUGCUAUAGCCUGCCAAAAUAUGGGAACCAAAAUCUAAAGCAGCCGUCUGAAGUGAGGGCAGCCCUUUACAUAGUUGAGUCACCAUACAGAUCUCUUUAUUCUGUCUCAGAUCUCUUUAUAUUCUGUCACCACACAGAUCUCUUUAUUCUGUCUCAGAUCUCUUUAUUUUGACACCAUACAGAUCUCUUUAUUCUUUCUCUUCUCUCUUUAUUCUGUCCCUUCUCUCCUUAUUAUGUCUCUACUCUCUUUAUUCUGUUGCUUCUCUCUUUAUUCUGUCUCUUCUCUCCUUAUUCUUUCUCUUCUCUCUUUAUUCUGUCGCUUCUCUCUUUAUUCUGUCUCUUCUCUCUUUAUUCUCUCGCUUCUCUCUUGAUUCUGUCUCUUCUCUCUUUAUUCUGUCUCUUCUCUCCUUAUUCUUUCUCUUCUCUCUUUAUUCUGUCCCUUCUCUCUUUAUUGAAUCUUCUCUCUUUAUUCUGUCCAUUCUCUCUUUAUUCUGUCCAUUCUCUCUUUAUUCUGUCCCUUCUCUCUCUUCUCUCCUUGUUAUGUCUCUGCUCUCUUUAUUCCUUCUCUCUUUAGUCUGUCCCUUCUAUCCUUAUUCUGUCCAUUCUCUCUUUAUUCUGUCUCUUCUCUCUUUAUUCCUUCUCUCUUUAUUCUGUCUCUUCUCUCUUUAUUCCUUCUCUCUUUAUUCCUUCUCUCUUUAUUCUGUCCCUUCUCUCUUUAUUCUUUCUCUUCUCUCUCUAUCCCAGAUCUAUUUCUGUCCCAGCAGGGAGAAGGAACGCGCCAAAUCCCAUGACGUCCAAGAGAUCCCGCGACGUCCAAGAGAUCGUGAGAACGCAGACUGAGGACGUGCAGUCCUGCGGUGUUCAAUGAUCAAGAGAAUCUCUGGAUCUUUGAACGCUGUGGGACUGCCCGUCCUCAGCAGUGCUGGGGGAUUCACUGGGAGCCACAACGUAUAGAUUUAACAAAUUACCUGUUAGGCCGCGUUAAACCGGAAUGGGGCCGCAACUGACCCGCAGGCCGGACUUUGGACAUGACUGGAUAUGACACUCAUUGUAGUCUCUUCAGAAAUGAUUGUUUCAUUUGGAGGAGAUGAUUAUUUUAGUUUAAAUUUCUUUUCUGUUUUAGAUCUAUUACUGGAAACUGCGGGAUCCUUUCAAAUAGCAGAAGUUGGGGUAAAAGUCAUAUUAUCCUGUGGACUGCAUGCUUCUAAAGAAGAUGAUCUUGCUUGGAAGAAAAACUCAUACACUCUUGCUCACAGGAGAAGAAAACAAGAUUAUAAGAAUAAAGGUCAGUUCUGCUAUACUUAUCUCAACACACAGUGACUAUUUCAAAUACUGUAUAUCUGCUGAGCAUGAAAAGACAACAGGGAACAUAACUGUCACAUACACAAAGAAAUAGUGCUGUAUACAGUGAGCCACUCAGUGUAUACACUCAGCCACAACAUUAAAACCACUGACAGGUGAAGUGAAUAACAUUGAAUAUAUUGUUACAAUGGCACUUGCCAAGGGGUCGAUAUAUUAUUAGGCAGCAAGAGCCAGAUAGUGAUGGCCAGACGACUGGGUCAGAGCAUCUCCAAAAGUCUUGUGGGGUGCUCCUGGUAUGCAGUGGUUAGUACCUACCAAAAUUGGUGCAAGGAAGGAAAACCGGUGAUAUGGCAUCAGGGUCACGUGGGGAUCAAAGUCUAGCCUGUCUGGUCUGAUCACACAGAAGAACUACUGUAGCUCAAAUUGCUGAAAAUGUUCUGAAAAAUUACUUUAAAGGACUCUGUAGUCACCAGAACCACUACAGCUGAAUGUAAUUGUUCUGGUGUCUAUAGCCUGUCCCUGCAUGCUUUUUAAUGUAUGCAUAGCUGUUUCAGAGAAAAGGCAGUGCUUACAUUGCCGUCUAGGAGCAGCUCUAGUGACAGUCAGUAGAGGUGCUUCCUAUCAAAAUGCUGCACUUUUCAAAGCAAUCUGAGGGUGGACGGGAAGUUAAACAGUUUAUAGGCAAAAUCUAUAAUCUAACUAGUAUUCAGGUAAAUCAUGCAUCUAUUGCCCAGCCGAGGCCAGUCUCUAGGGAUGUCAGGGGGGUGCCUAUUGGCUAGCAGCGGCCACUUUCCCAUGGUGCUUGGGUGUUUUUUGGUGAGCAGGGGGCCACUUUCCUGGGGUUGCCUCGGCACCCAUUGACUAGCAAAGAAAGAAAAGUACAGAAUCACAGGAUAUAUUCCUUUGCUUUUCAAAAGGUAUUUUUAUCCAAUCCAAACUUGUUAAAAAUACACACAAAUUGCAGCGUGCUAAAUAAAAAGUUAUAAAAAGUCAUGAAAGGUUAUGUGUUUUGUGCGUAACUAGCACUUCAUAACUUAAAGAUUUAGCAUGUUGGGACCUAUUGGGAAACAGGGGCCACUAUUCUGGGGUACCUGAGUGUGUAUUGGUGAGCAGAGGCCAUUUUCCUGUAGAGUCUGGGGAUCUACUGGCAAGCAGGAGCUAUUAUCCCCAUCCGAUUAGUGAGCAGUGUCCCGUUUCCUAGAACAGGGCUUCCUGGGUUUCCUAGUUACUUAUUUGUGACCAGGGAACACUUUCCUUGAGGGGUUCCUAGGUGGUUAUCGGCAAGCAAAGGGGGCCACAUUCCGAGUAUGUCUGGGUGUUUAUUGUUGAGCAGGGGCCACUUUCUGAGGUUUCCUGGGUAGCUAUUGUUGAGAAGGAGCCACAUUCCCAGACUGCCUGGGUGUCUGUUUGUUGAGCUAAUGCCUUUAAAAUCUGAACAAAGAAACAAAGAAACAUGCCUGAAUACUAGCUGGGCAAAAGGCUUUUGCCUUGGCAAAUGGUAUUUUAAAGGUCAUAUAAGUAUUUGUCUAGACAUAGGUUUUUUGCCUGACAUUACUUUUUGCCUACCACAUAUACGCCUACUGAUAGAAGGGAAUAUACUUGCUAUAUACUCCUAUUGAUAGAAGAGAAUAUACUUGCUAUAUACACCCAUGGAUAGCAGGGAGUACACCCGCUAUAUACACCCAUUGAUUUAAAAGAGUAUACUUGCUAUAUACACCCAUGGAUAGCAGGGAGUACACGCGCUAUAUACACCCAUUGAUAUAAAAGAAUAUACUUGCUAUAUAUACCUAUUGAUGGAAGAGAGUAUACCAGCUAUAUACACCCAUUGAUAGAGGGGAAUAUACUUGCUAUAUGAUGGCAACAGGAAAUAAACUCUAAACAUACACCUAUUGAUAACAAGGGAUACACCCUCUAAAUAUACUGAGAGCAUGUGCUUUUAUCUUAUUCCUACAGCUGGUUUUAAAAUGGUUUCUGACAGUACUUCUUUGGAAAUUGAAAAAGUCAGCUGGUCCGAUGCUGGGAUUUAUACAUGUGAAUCGAACAGCAAAUCUGAAAAUUCCGAGCUUGUUCUCCUCGAAAGUAAGAAAGUGUUUGAAAUCUAAACUGACCGAUUUAGACAUGGGGAUUGGUGUCUAGUAUGACGUUUAGGGUGAAAGCUGGGAUAUAAGGGGUGUGAUACUUGGGAGAUCACAAAGUGGGAUAUUACACUGAACAUGGGGUCAGAAGGUGAGGUACAAAUAUUGGUGGGACUGCCCAUGAAUAGUACUGUAUUGGCACAUGUAUACCCUUAUUUGAAUUUGAAAAUGUACAAAAAAAAUAUAUACUAUUCUGCUGCCUUAAUGGCCUCUGUGGUGGGGACAAGCUUAAAGCAAUGCGGUUCCCUUUGGUAGAUUACAUAGCUACGAGAGACUUGUAGGAAGUUAUGGAUGAGAAUGGAAGUUGCGUCAUCUGGGAGUGAGGGGAAUCUCUCACUCUUUAUCGAUCUCUUUUUUUCUAACAAUUUUUUCUCUUAAUUCCUCUUAGAGUGGAAGCUAAGUGUAGAAAAAAGGGCAGUGAAGGGGUUAACCCUGAUUGAGAAAUAGGAGUAAAAAAGAGAAGAAGACUGUCCUAUGCUUGAAUUAUACUUAAAACAUAACUUUUAAUGGGUAAAUAAAUAAAGGACAAAAAAUACAUGCGAAAACAAAUUGUAGAUUUAGACCACAAUUGCCUACAGAAACCUAAAUGUGUGAUAAGGGAAUAGGAAGAGAUAGUAAAAUAAGUACUAAAUCAAUAGACAAAAAUGUCUUAGACAGAAUGUCUAUGAAGACAGACUAUAUGAGGGAGUAUCUUCACUGUGAAUUUUAAAGUUUCAUGUGGUAGUAUGACAUAGAAAUAUACACUGCUCAAAAAAAUAAAGGGAACACUUAAACAACACAAUGUAACUCCAAGUCAGUCACACUUCUGUGAAAUCAACUGUCCACUUAGGAAGCAACACUGAGUGACAAUCAAUUUCACAUGCUGUUGUGCAAAUGAGAUAGACAACAGGUGGAAAUUCUAGGCAAUUAGCAAGACACCCCCAAUAAAGGAGUGGUUCUGCAGGUGGUGACCACAGACCACUUCUCAGUUCCUAUGUUUCCUGGCUGAUGUUUUGGUCACUUUUGAAUGCUGGCGGUGCUUUCACUCUAGUGGUAGCAUGAGACUGAGUUUACAAUCCACGCAAGUGGCUCAGGUAGUGUUCAGCGCCAUCGCACGCCUCUCAGUGAUGCCGGAGUGACGUCAUAUUCUGGCUCCGGCAUCACGCGAAGGGACCUGAGCAAAGAGUGCUCCCUCGCCCCCCGCCUACAUCAGGAGAUGCCAACCACUUGGGGCCCCUGAAAGUGCGGCCCAAGGCAAAUGCCUUGUCAGCCUUGCGGUAAAUACACCGCUGCCUGCAGGAAAAGCUUGAUGCCUGCCAUGAGUUAAAAAAUACAAACAUGUAUUUCUAACAGUAGAUUGUUAACUAAAUGUUUAGCUUCCCAGCCCCCCACAUAUUGCAUUUAAAAGGUUAUUUUACUCCUCUUUUCUCCCUCACUUCCACGACUGAGAUUAUCAAUCUAUAAUAAGACCAUUGUCUCAAAGUGAUUGAUGUCCCUUUAACAAAUUAAGCAUUUUGCUUACUAAAUGAUGUCAAACUUUCAUGGUCUUUGUCCUGUGAUCUGUGUCUGGCCCCUGUCUUCAAAGACUAGCAGGGUUAUUCACUAGUUAAAACUUUUAGGAAUUCACAGUGAAUUUCACGUAGUUACUCCAAGAACCAUAACCACUACAGACCACUGUAGUGGUUAUACUGCCAAGAAUACCCUGGCCCUGUUUCCCUGCAAUGGUUUUCCCUCUUAACUGGGUGCCCGCCAGGCACCGACGGUCAUCCAUGGCUGGUGAUGACAUCUGGCUUCUGCAGACCUGCAGAAGUUGGAAGUUGAUUCCGCUGGUCAUUCAUGGACUGAGAGCAUCAUCUGAGUGGUACCAGCCAAUGAAUGCAAUUCUGUGAAUAAGAAUAUGCACAGAAUACGACAAUUCACCAUGAAAAAGUUGAAGUGUUCUAUGAUGGCACCACUAGUAAAUUGCUUUAUAGAGGCUGUGUUCGCUGCCACUAGGAGCGGGAGCUGCGCACAGAGUGACAGAGUCUGCCCCCUAGCACCGCGGACACCAAGCAGGCCUUUGACAGGAAACCGCCAUUAUCACCGCGGAGAUACCGUACUCUACAUACCACUCAUAACUAGCUGUACCCAGCUCUCACCGCCGCUCUAUCUGCAGUUAAUGAUCCGUCUCUAAUGAAGGCAGCUCGGCAUCCCUGAGCCCCAGCCCACCGCACGAAACAAGAGCAGGAGAACCGAGCCGGCUGUCAGAGCCCGCAAUGUGACCGGAGCCAGCACUGUAUGGGAAGCGGCCCGUGCUGAGCUGCGGAGUGUGAUCAGCCCCCGUACCGUGUGUCUGUCAAAGGUCCUGGGGUUGGGAGAGCGCUCUGUAUUUAAAAUACAGAGAGCAUUGAUAACAUUAAAAGGUAUGCAGAGGGCCAAAAUGAAAGGGCACAUGCAUUGCAGGGUACUAAAGGGGCAGUGAUAGCAUGACUGGACACAGUACAGUGAUCACAAUAAAAAUAGACAAUGUAAAAGAUGCUUCUUAAAAUCUUUUGUUUUGUUUUGUUUGUUUUAAUAUAUUCAGAAUGGUUUUGUUUCACUACUCAAACACCUCAUAAACGCCUUUUAAAAUCACACAAAGUUAUAACCAAUAAAUUUCUACCAAGGUUUAGCAAGUGACUGUGCUAUCUUCAUAUUGCACAAAUCACCUCCAAUAAGUGAUUCCAAUCCAAGUAGCACUACUUUUGACGACGGUCAGUGAAAGCCGCUCGCGUUAUGCCACCCGGAAGUAUCUUGGUGCCUAUUGUUUACAACCAUUCUGAAAUGCUGCAUUGACAUUAGCCAACCUAGAAUUCUUGUCUCAAGCUGGCUAAAGAUGCUCCGGUGAAGCGGUCAGAGGUGGAGUUGGAGUUCAAAGUGAAAUGUUAUCAUACAGACUCCAGGCACUAUAACCACUUUAACCCCUUAAGGACACAUGACAUAUGUGACAUGUCAUGAUUCCCUUAUUAUUAUUCCAGAAGUUUGGUCCUUAAGGGGUUAAAUCACUGAAGUGGCCAUGUGUUUGUGGUAACCCUUUAAGUUCUGCUAUUUUGGUAUUGAAAUUUAAACCCACUUUGAAUUCCUACCAAUUCUCAUUUUACACGGUUAUACACUAGAGUGAGAAUUCAAAGUGAAUUUCACAUUUAUGACCAAUACAGCCAUACUAGAAAAUGUUACUUAUGCUUGCAGUUCAACUACUUUGGCCUUCAAUCUAAAAUUCCCGUUAAAUUCUCACUCCAGUGAAUAAGCCUGAUAGCAAAUAACCCUGUAGGUGUGGGGACUUUCAAUAACAGUACAAACAGUAUCCUUCCUUUCAUUUGUCUUUUUUAUAGUCUCUGCCACUCCAUCUGCUGACCUGAUAAUGAAAGAAACCCUCUCAAUCAACAUUCGUUCCUCUAAAUCUGAAUUUACACUACUUUGGAAGGUGCCUUCAAAUAUACCUGUGAAGGAUUUAACAAAGAACCCACUGAUCCUGAGCAAUGUGCAGCCAGACUACGGAGGAAAAUACACAUGCACCGUGAAGAUGACUGGAAGCAAAGAUGACAGGAAUGUGGAUUUCACCAAGACCAUUGAAGUUUUUGGUAAAUGAUAGACUCUACAGGACACCUACCCUACCUAUUCUUAAUACGAUCUAUAAAAUUAUGUAAAUGUGAUUUUUAUUGUUUUCAGAAUAGCAGUUUCACAGUACAAUUGAGCAAUCCAGACAGUGAGGCGCGCAGGCCUCCAAGAAUGUUAGGAAUUAGUGGGACAUAUAGGUAGCAUGCGUUGGACUCGCAGGUCCGCUUGAGUUAGGCAUGACAUAUUUCGUGGACCCUUAUUAAUGAUAUGGUGUGUCCGCCUGUGCGUGUGUAGUGGUUUUAUAUUGGAUGGAGUGCCCUCAUUGAACUAUGUGACUAUGAUUUGUAUCUGCAUGUGCAGUUGUCCAACAAAUUUUUUAUGUAGAUACGGUUUUCCUUGAUUUUUGCUGGUUUUGUGCAUGACAGUAUUAGUGUGUAACAAUUGAACUUUUAAAACAGCGAGGCUCGCAGGCCUCCAAAAACUGUGGAAACGUUUAGUCGUUAUAUAAAGCAUGCGUUGGACUCGCUGGUCCCUUUGAGUUAAACCUGCCUUUUCUGAGUUUCGUUUUGCUAUCCUCUGAUGAUGGUCAGGUUUCGAUUUCUGGGUGUGUGGGUCGGCCCAGUUAGGGGGUAUGGUGUCUCUAGUGGUAUACGUGGAUGUGGUUGGUUUCUGUUCGUGUGGUUUUCUAUGUUGUUAUUAUGGUGUGUGUUCUAGAGUAGGCUUGGUUUUUAUAUCUGGUUUGUUACGUAUGUCGGUAAAAUAUUGAUAUUGAUUCAUUAAUCAUUUCAGGUAGUAGAGUUCAUAGUCUGCCAUGAGUGUGCGGGGGUAUAAGUCUUCCUGUGUAAUAAAUGGUGGUUUCAAAGGUGUGUAGAGGGUAAUCAUGUCUUUGGUCUAUUGUUUUUCUUUUGCCUCAGCUGUUGAUGUGAUAGAUGUGUCUAGGGGUGUGGGUGGUUAUAGUGAGGGGGAGGGGUAUGUUUGUUGGCGUAUGCCUCGUGCCUAUGGGCGUAUGGGGCUUCAGGUGGUGGGGCGUUCGCGUCUCUGUUUGGGUUGGUGUGGUUGGUGUCCUGAAGGUGUGUUGUUAGAAUCUGUGGGUCCUCCCAGGUUUGGUUUGUCGUGCUUGGGUUAUUUGUAUCCCCUCGUGUUGGGGCAUUUUGAGGUGAUGAGCGGUGGUAGGCGUGUUUGAGUAGUGUUCUCUUUAUGUUGUAUGUUCGUGUCAGUUGCUCGGGUGUGUUAUCUUUCUCUGUUGUCUUUUUCUAUGGGUUGUGGUCUUUUGCUUCACCUACUGCGUUGGCCUCUUAUAUGUCCAGUCGUGUUGAAGAUUUUGUUGUUGUUUGAGGUAUGUGUGUUAGUUCGGUCUCCGAGUUUGGUUAGGUUAUAUCUGUUAUGCUGGGUGUCUAGUUUGUGGGCUUGGUGCAGUCCUAUUGAGUGUGUGGUUAUUUCCCGGGGGUUGAUCGUUCAAGUGUUGUGUGGGGUGCAUUAUUAGGCGUGUCAGGCUGAUCAUGCUUGUGUGGUGAUAUUCAUAUGUCUGUACGGGUGUGUGCUUGUGUGUUGGGGAGGGUGUGUGUUAAGAUAAGUUGAUUCUGUGUCGUUUGGGUGCUGUGUGAUGUUGGCGUUUGUAGGAGUUGGUGUGUGGUGUUGUGUAGAAUGUUGGGUGGGGUGGGGAAGGAGUGGAUGCACUAGGUGUGGUGCGGGGAGGGUGAGUCCUUCCCCUCAGUCUCCAUCCCCCACGGCCACGACCCCAACGCCCUGUCUUGCCAUGUAGAUUAUCCAUGGUUGCCAUUUAUCUACGUGUUUUGAGAGAGUGUCUGUCAGGGUCCUGUGCAUUCCUUCUGCGGCUCUGAUAUCUUCCACUCUGGUUAGCCAUUGUUCCAUUGAGGGGACCUGAGUUUGUUUCCAGAGAGUGGGGAUGAGUGCCUUGGCUGCGUCAAGGAGGUGGCGUAGGAUGGAUCUUUUGUAUUUCGAGAUCGAGUCUCUUGUGUAGUGGAGGAGUAUAUUUUCCAUGGUCAGUUGUGUCGCAUCCACUAGGAUAUCCCUGAUGCGGGCUAUAAUCUGGUUCCAGAAUGGUUUGAUUUUGGUGCAUUCCCACCAGAUGUGUUUUACUGUGCCCACGUCCGUCUCUCAUCUCCAGCACAUCGCUGGGGUGUUGGGAAAUAUUCUGUGUAGGAGGUCCAGGGUUCUGUACCAGAACGUUAGUAAUUUGUAAUUCAUUUCUUGGUAUGAUGUGCUAAUUGAGGAUUUGUGAUGGAGAAUUAGAAUUUGGUCCCAUUGCGCAUCUGUGAAUGUCCUGUCUGUGAGGUGUUCCCAUUGUCUCUUAUAUGGCAGAGCUUUCUUUUGGUUGUUCGUGAUCAGGUACUGGUAGAGGGUUGAUGUCGGUUUCUGGAUGGUUGUUUUUUGGUCGCAGGUUUCUUCAAACCACGUGAGGGUUCUGUGUAUUACGGCUCUAUCUGGUAGUGUGUGAUAGAAAUGUUGUAGUUGUGUGUAUUGGUAUCUUUGCAUGGGAGUCGGUGUGCCCUCAACCAGUUGGUCCAGCGGCGCCAGUCCGGUGGCGGUCAAUGUUUUGUGGAUUGAGAUGAAGUCCCCUUCCUCCAGGAAGCUCCAGGCCCUUGCCGGAAGUCCUCCUCCUAGUAGUUGGUUGUCCGUUAGUGUGGUCAUUGAGCUAGGUGUGGGGGAGACAUUCGUUGUUUUCCGCAGUGACGCCCAUGUCUGAAGGGUUUGACUCGCCGGGGAGAGUUUGUUGAGUUCGUCCUGUGCUGUCAUUUUCGUGUUCCAUACAGUAGUGAAGAUGGUUGGGCCGGUGGACGAGUCUCUAUCCAGGGUCACCCAUUGCUUGUGUUGUGGGUUCGUGUGCCAUUCUAGGAUCCGUUGCAGGGCUGUUGCGCGAUGGUAGUUCCGCAGAUCCGGGAUCUGGCAGAGGAGUUCAUAUCGCAGUCGUGGUUUGUGUCCUUUCCAUAUGUAGGUCAGGAAUGUGGUUUUCAGAGAUGCGAAGAAUGCCGUCGGUAUCGACGGGGGAUCGUGUGGAAUAGGUAUAAUAUUCUGGGUAAUAUAUUCAUUUUGAUCACCGCUAUGCGGCCUGGCCAGGUGAUGUGUGGGUAAUUCCAGGUCCGUAGAUCCUGCUGGAUGCGAGUUAGGAGAGGGACAAGGUUUGUUUGGUAGAGGGAGCUUGGAUCCGCUGUUAUCCAAAUCCCUAGGUAUCUCAUUUGGGACUGACUGAUCUAUAAAAUUAAGCGAUACAUAAUAGCAAUCAUUUGGCUUCCUCCUUAACUCUGAGGACAGGCCUUUGCCAAUUUCCAUUCCUUACUUUCCAUGAAUAUCAAAGGAGAUAAACAGGUGAAUGGGUACAUUAUGGGUUGGCAGGAGAUAGGCCUUAAAGGGGAGCUUUAAAAACUAUAACCAUUAUAGCAUGCAGUAGGGGUCAUGGUGCCAGCAUUCAUCUGGUGUCUGUGGCCUGGCUCCUCAUUGGGUAUAUUGCUAACGAAGAAGUUACCUACAAGAUAGUACAGCAUGUGAUAGUUAACUAAUUAAAUCAUUUGAGAGCACAACAUAGUUAAUAACUCAUGUGCACAAUAAAGUUAUAGUACCUCUUCAGAUACCCAUCUCCUUACUACCACUCCAAAGGUAGGAGGACCAAUGGUAAAAGUUGAUUACAUCAUGCCCACGAUAUAGUUAUCUUGUGCACAUGAUUUAGCUGAUUGCACACGCGUUAUUAACUAUGUCGUGCAUUUUUAGUAAAUUAAAUAUUAAUGGGGUAUGAUCUAUGCGUGUCCUUUUUUUUUUUUUAUUGCAAGACAUGCGUUGAACAAGGUAUAUAUUGGUAACGGUAUACGGCCAGCAAGGUUCGCAAUACAGAGAAAGUCAUAUCCAUUUGAGGAGAGUAAGCAAAGCAGUUCAAGUAAGCUUGAGAUGGGGAAAUAUUGCAUUAUCAUGAAUAUUCAUCAUAGGAAGGGGUGUACUGUGUUUGAAGAAUGCUAGCUCGUAUGUCAGAGGCAUUUCUACUACUUCCAUCUCACUAUUUCUAAGGUUCUUCCUCCUUGUUUAUUUCUUUAGGUUUUCUACCUGCCCCAGACACUGUGUACACAUCAGGUUCCCCAGUAACUCUCCCAUGGAAAUUCAAUUUUAAUGUGCGGGACCAACCUCUGGGUGACGGAGUCAAGGUAAUCAAAGGUGCUGUCAUCCACUCUGAGGAGAAAGGGAAGGAUGGAACCAUAAUAUCUAACCUCAACCUUACUUCUGCCACAUGCUGGCACCACUCUUGCCAUGUGAAAAUCACCUCAGGGCUAAAGUCAGACCUGAGCUAUUAUCUGCACAAACCUAAGGGAGGCUGGUACCACAUGGAAAUCACCUUGGAACUGAAGAACAGAAGAUCAGAAUUAUCACAGACUAUCUGUGUGGCAGCUAUCACAAGUGAGAGAAAUGUUACUAUGUGUGUUAUUAUCUGAUUCACAAUUAUUGACAGGGUUAAAGAGAAACCAUCACUUCUCAGCAUUUUUUAAAGAGACACUGUAGUCACCAGAACAACUUAAUGUAGUUGUUCUGGUGAGUAUAGUCAGUCCCUGUAGGCUUUUUGCUGCCUAGUGUCACCUCCAGUAGCCACUCCUCGGAUGGCCAUUAGAGGUGCUUUGUAGGCAGAGCUGCACAGUGUGAAGCACUGACGUUUAGUGUCUCCAUGUUCUGCAUGAAGACACUGAAUUUUCCCCAUAGAGAUGCAUUGGUUUUAAUGCAUCUCUAUGAGAAGAUGCUGAUUGGCCAACAAGGCAUUUGGCCUUGCUGUCGGCCUGCCUCUUUGGAAAUCUCAGCCAAUCCAAUGGGAUUUCCUAUGAGAAACCAUUGUGAUUGGCUGAGAUUAUCACUUCUGAAUAUGUCAGCCAAGGAGGUGGAUCGGGGGCAGAGACAAACACCGGUGCUGGAAAUAAGGUGUGUUUUCACACUAUUUAAGGGGGGCAGGGGGCUAAAUUGUGUUUUAAGCACUAUAGGGUCAGGAACACAUGUUUGUGUUCCUGACCCUAUAGUGUUACUUUAAUAUUAUGUUUAUAUAUCCAUGUAUUUGAAAAAUUGUUAAAUAUAUCUGUUUGUUUGUUUGUGAAAAAGACAAUUAAAUGUAUAAAUAUAAUUAAAAACUAUAAUUACCUCUAUCAUUAAACUGAGUGCUCUCAUCAUGGCUCCCUGUCAAUAAUUGUUUUAAACUUUGCCCUUUGCAAUGUCACUUACUAUAGAGAUAUAGAUGGAGGAGGGGAAAUAGAAACAAUGUGGGAUAUAUAUGAAGAAUAAUUCUGAGGCCGAAUUCUAAAAGUGGACCAUUCGCCAUGGCUACUGAUGGAAUGUUCUUGCUGAUUGCUCCACUAUUAGAACUUCAGAAUUACUUUUUAUACAUAGCCCUUGUGUUUGUUUCUUUAACUGCUAUGUAUUGUGUGCCAUGGCUAUCACAAGCUUGAACUGCGUUGUGAUGUCAAUGGCUAAAUCAUCAAUAUACAUUUAAAAAAAAAUAGGAGCAUUGUAUGGAAAAAUAUAAAAACACACAAGUUAUGGGUGAUUUUCAAAUAUGUAAUUCCCAGAGAAAGAAAAGGGUUUUCCUUUAUAAAUAUUUAUAAAUAACAUUGUUUAAAGGAACACUAACAUAUUUCUGACCCUAUAGUUUUAAAAUCACUAUCUAGCCCCCCUAAAUAUAGUAAAAUCUUACCUUUAUUCCAGUCCGCUGGUGCUGCCUCUCCCCUAAUCUACUUCCUCGGCUGACAUCAUCAGAAGUGAUGAUCUUAGCCAAUCACAAUGCUUUCCCAUUGAAUUGCCAAUUCCGAUGAUCUCAGCCAAUUACGAUGAUCUCAGGGUGGAACCCAACACAGCUCAGGCCAUUCAGCAUCUCCUUAUAGAGAUGCAAUCAAUCAGUGCAUCUCUCUGAUGAAAGUUCCGUGUCUCCAUGCACACUGUGCAGAACUUCCACUAAUAGCAUCAGAGGAGAGUCCCGUGGAGAUAUCCCUAGGCUGUAAUGUAAACACUGACUUUUCUCUGAAAAGACCGUGCUUACCGCAAAAGGCCUGCAGGGACGGACUAUACUCACCAGAACAAAUAGAAUAAGCUGUAGUUGUUCUGGUGACUAUAGUGUCCUUUAACUCAAAAUGGGAGUCUGAUUGAAAUGAGAAUUACAUUUAUUUGCAAUUUGUGUGCAUUUCUCUCCAUCACUUCCUUAAAAACCAAGCUACCCAAACCUGUUAAUGUGUUGGCUGGAGAUAUAUACCUUAUAUUGCUGAGUUCCUGACAGUUGUGAGACAUGGCCAUGUGCAGACCAAAGACGUCAGUAGAGAGGAGCCCUCUGCUGGCAGAAAAGUAAAAUAUAUAGAUAUACUAUACGUCAUCAAUGUAUUUGUACCCUUUACAUUGUAGUGCGGCAGGUGAGACUUGAUCUCUAUACUUGCACUUCUGCAGUUUCUCAUUCCCUUACCCUAGUAAAUACUAUUGAAGUGUUUAUCGGUGUGGUUUGUGCAGUAGAGGUACAUAUAAAUCAUCAUUAUCUCCAUAGCAUUCCCAUGUACAGGGUGACAUUAUGGGUCCAUGAUGUUAUGGACGCACUCAAGCAUGCUUCAGCUUCUUCAGAGAAAUGCUUUCUCUUAUGGGUGAUACAACCCUGUGGAGCCAGGAUGCAGGAAAACAGUUGAGGAAAGGUAAGUAUUAAAAUAAUUUAUUUGCAUUAAAAACAAAUUAAAACAAAUAAAAUACUUAGAACUUCAAAAGGUAAAGCUUUACCUUCUCCUAAGACGCGUUUUGCCAACAGAGCUUUUUCAAUUAUAACUAGCUAACCCGUUUUCCUGGCACUAGAGAAUCCUGGAGUGUACCCAUCCCAUGUCGCUGAAGGAGUUAAAACCACUUCAGCUACUUACCUGAAUCCAGCGCCGAUGUCCCUUGGCGCAGGGUCAGGCUCCGCCCAUGCUCCUCCCACGACGACGUCAGCCGGCGGGGAGACUUAAUGCGUAUACGCGGCAAUGGCAACGCACGCAUUAGACCUCCCCAUAGGAAAGCAUUAUUAAAAUCUGAUGCUGGAGGACUGUGAGGACGUCCAGCGUCAGAUAACCGACCAAUGGUCGGUUUGGAUUCCGGAAGCCCUGUUUUACAUUGCAGCACUAAGUGCAAAAGGUUCACAGCACCCAGACCACUUCAAUUAGGCGAAGUGUUCUGAGUGCCUGGAGUGUCCCUUUAAUUUUAACUCUGCUUACUCACUAACAUCUCACUAAAGAUUUUAACUGCACUGAUUGAAAUCUAUAGCAUUUCACUGAGUCUCAUUUAUAAAGUGUAUUCUGGGCAAUUUUGAGGAAAGGUUACAGAUAUUUACCUGCUGUCCUGUUAUAUUUGAAUUAGGUUAUGUAUGUUUGGGUUUAUAUUAGAGUUCUCUUUUUGGGUUAUAUUCUGAUAUACAUUGCUUUUUUCUCUCUCAGCUACACCCUCUCCAAAUGGGAAGAUUCCUCUUAAUUCCCCAAUCACUCUGUCAUGUACGGUGAGCUGCAUGCCAGCUAAUGGAGUGCUCUGCUGGCACAAAGACCAUGAAAACGAUAACACAUGUGGACAACAUGGGGAUACAACCACGGAAUUGGAACUGGACGUUUUGCCAGAAUAUGUGGGCAACUGGAGUUGCAGUCUGCUUGUUGAGAAACAAAUUAUGGCCAGACAAGUCCUGAUUAUUGGUGAGAAGGAAAAAUAUGAUAUAAACAGGGAGAUGAUAACAAUUUUAUAAUAAUAAAAUUCUAUUGGGUUUUAGCAUUCUUUAUUACUACAAAUAGCUACAGUUAAAACACACUUAGAAAUGCAAUCAAACAUGAAAAAACAAAACAUACAAAACAAUAACUUGCUCGUAACAAAACCCUCCGUCCACCAAUCAUGAGCAAUCCUAGUAUAUAAAGGGUUAACAUGCCUCAUACAAGUUUACUUUCUUUGCUGCUCUGGCUCAAGAGAUAUUAUGUUAUAUUGUGUUGCUUUAUAUAUUAUUAAUUCAGUGUUUUCUGCUUCUUUUUUGUUUAUCUGUCUUAUUUCUGUUAGUGUGCUUUCAACUUUAAUUAUAGUUAUUUCAAUCAUAUGGUUUUUCUUUCCUUUUACCUCUUUCUCUAUCCACCUGUUUCUGUACUCUUCCUGUCUGAAAUCUUCCAGUUUUUCACUUUAUUAUGUUUUUCUAUAGUUUAGUUUUUUCAUUACUUCCUGUAAUCCUUUGUUUUCUCCCUUUUAUAGCUUUCCAUAUUUCUGUUAUUAUUUUCUCUGUUGUGGCCAUUUUUUCCUACGCAGUAAGACACUUAUUUGUAAUAUAUUUAUUUAGUUUAAUUCUAUUUUCCGUUUUGUUUGUAUUUGUCUAACAUCAGUAAUCACAGCCAUUUUGUUGUGGUCUGUUCCGAUGACCAUGAUCUUUUGCACUAGCUAACUAUAGCUAUUGCUACACUCGUUUAUUCAUUUUUUCCAGUGCCACUAGAGUUCGUAAUGCUCUUGAUUUUUCUUCUCCACUGUGAACAGCUGAGCCACCUGCCAAUUCUCGGAGGAGAAGUUCAGCCACAAAUUAAUUCAGCUAUUCCGAAAUUUCUCUCUUAGUCAAGAAUUUGUUUUCCUCCUUGGAUAUGGGUACUCGAAAAUAAGGCCAUUUACUCCUGGUUAAAGGGACACUGUAGGCACCCAGACCACUUCAUCUAACGUACUUUAUCUAGUUUUAGAGAAACUGCAGAGACUGCCGCUAGAGGCGCUUCCUGCUUUUUACGGAGUUUGACUCUGUGAAAUGAGGCUGGGGGAAAGAAUUGAGUCAACGCUUUCCUAUGGCGAAAGCAUGUUGCUUGUGAGGCUCUUGCCGAACAUGUGCAUUAGGUCUCCCCCCCCCCCAUCGGCCGACGUCGGCAGAGAAUGAGCCCGACCUGGCACCGAGGGACAUUGGCGCUGGCAUUAGGUAAGUGGAAAAACUUUAUUUUUUUCACUUUUUACAUCACUGCUCUAGUUAUUAAACCAAAUCUUUCCUUAACUAUGUGGCAAUGCAAACAAACAAAAACCAUCAGGUCCAGGUUGUAGCUCUGUGACCUCUUAUUGGUUUUCUAAAAAAGUCUGAAAUACAACUCUCUCCCUCUGUAGAAGCAGCACUACCUCUUCAGGAAAUCAUGCUUUGGUCGGUGGCCGGAGGGGCGACUGUCCUGCUUCUGGUUGCUGUGCUGAUUGCCACGCUUGCAGUUGCUCGUUGUCGCAGGAGGGUAAGUUUUGAGUGAUAAAAUAUACGCUGCACUCCUUGCUGAUCUAAUAUUGCGGUUAUAUUGAUAAGAGAGACACACUGUAAGUCGGAGUGGUCCGUGAUAAAUCAGGAAGAGUUGCUUUAGCCUGGGUAGAGGGAGACAGAGUGUGGCAAGACAAAAACAAAAUCACAGAAAGAUGCAGUAAACGGUGAACAGCAGCUGUGAAUAUGGUGACGAUGUGGCGACUCUAGAGAAUACAUUGUAAAUCAGUGCUAAAAGGGGAAGAUCAUGGAGUGACAUGGUAAAUGGAGGAUAAACAGAGUAAAUAAAUCAAGGCGUGACAAGAUAAAACAUUUGCUACCAUCUAGUGUUCAUUUUACAAACUACAUCUUUAAUCUUUUGAUUUGUUGUACUUAUAAUAAUUAAUUGUAUUAUACGGUGUAUCUUCAGUCCUUGCUAUUACAGUUGUUGUAGUAAAGCAUUCUUUGUAUUUAUAUAUAUAAAACUACUGACCAUGCCACAUGCAUUGUUUUUGGUCACAUUAUGUGAUAACUGCUGAUCCUGUCUUAUUAUUAUUAUUAUUUAUAUAGCGUCAUCAGAUUCCGUAGUGCUGUCCAAUGGGUUGACUAACAGACAUGUAAUUGUAACCAGACAACUGGACGUACAGGAACAGAGAAGUGGAGGGCCCUGCUCAAUGAGCUUACAUUCUAGAGGGAGUGGGUUAUAGUGACACAAAGGGUAAAAGUAGGGGUACAAGUAGGUUGUUAGAAAAGUAUUCACUGAGGGCUUAGUAGGUCAUUUUUGACAGUUGCAGGAGAGGAGUCAUGGAGGGUGGGGGAUAAAAACCUGGUAACAGUUUAACUGAUAUGCUUUCUAGAAGAAGUGAGUUUUCAAUGAUUUAUUUGAAUUAGUGGAGACUGGGUGAAAUUCUUAUGGAGAAGGGAAGGGAGUUCCACAGAAGAGGUGCAGCCCUGGAAAAGUCUUGGAGGCGAGCAUUAGAGGUGGGAGUACGGACAGAGGAUAUACGUAGGUCUUUGGCAGACCGUAGGGGCCUUGACGGGAUGUAUUAGGGAGGAUAGGUAGGUUGGAGCAGCAUUAUGUAGGGACUUGUAAGCAAGCACCAGAAUUUUAAAUUGAGCCCUAUAUCUAACCUGAAGCCAAUGCAGGGACUGACAGAGUGGGGAGGCGUGGGAGGUGCGAGCGGACAGGAAAAUGAGCCUCGCCGCCGCAUUCAUUAUAGAUUGCAAUGAUGCAAUCUGGGUACAUGUAAGACCACUGAGAAGAGCAUUGCAGUAGUCCGUGCUGUCUUGUGUAUUGUUAUUGAUCAUACUACAUGUAUACCUGUUGAUCACUUGCAAUGUUAAUGAUCAUAUUAAAUGUAUAGAUGCAGUUGACAUUACAUAUCAUGUUGUAACAAUAAGCCUCUGUUUAUUAUUCUAGCGCCGAGCGCGGUACAGGGCAUGGCUUCUCCAGACAUUACAUGAGCAGAGAAGGUGUGAGUGUGACAGCAAGGGGUAAGUAUCCCAGUUCAGUUGUUAACUUGAUUAGUGAGGGCAUUCACACUCACAUUCACACUCUUUUCUUUUGCGAUCCACAGAUUUAUACCAAGACGGCUUCAAGAGACGCAUUGA